UAUAGUGUGAUGUCAGUUUUCAGUUUGUCUGCCUCCUGUUAGUAUUGAAAAGUGUGGCAUAACAGCUGAUAUCUGCGGUGUUAAACAUCAUGACUCUGCGUGUGUGUGCUUCUGUACUCCGCUCUUACUCCAGCUGUGGACAGUUACUAUCAGUUCUUAAUGGAGUCGGGUCAGUCCGCUUCAGAAGUGCCUGUCCGGUUAACAUCAGUCAUCUGGACCACCUGGUGCUCACAGUUCGAGAUCUGAACAAAACCACUCAUUUUUACUCUACAGUGUUGGGAAUGGAGGUCAUCACUUUUAAGGGAGACCGCAAAGCUUUGAGUUUUGGAGAGCAAAAGUUUAACUUGCAUCAGGUUGGGAAGGAGUUUGAGCCUAAAGCCAAAAUCCCGACUCCAGGAUCCGCCGACCUGUGCCUUGUUACCAAAACCCCACUGACAACUGUUGCUGCCCAUCUCAAGGCGUGCGGAGUGACAGUCGAGGAGGGUCCAGUUGACAGAACCGGCGCUGUGGGUCUCAUCAGCUCUGUUUAUUUUCGUGAUCCUGAUGACAACUUGAUCGAGGUCUCAAACUACCAACAACAGAAAAACAAGUAGCAUUUAAUUAUGUGAUAUAAACUGUAAUAAUUCAUUCCCGGCAGUUCUUUCAUAAUGGUUGAUUUGCACAUGGUCUGGAACAUUAUGGGCAAGUUCAGGCGCUUAGGAAAGCGUGUUUAUCCAAAGACAAGCAUUAUCUUUUAAUUUCAGUGAAAAAAGGUUACAAAUGUAUUUUUGAAAGACAUUAAAUGUAAAAACGUCAUUGGCAUUCUUGUUUUGUGUGAUUUCUACAUACUGUACUUUAUGUCUUUUAAAUGAGUUAAAUACUCUUUACCAGUAAAUAAAUAGUGUUU